AUGAAGUUUUCUUAUGCUUAUAAGUCACCAGUUAAGGAAAGAUUGAUUGAUUUUAAACCUAGUUUGACACAAGUAGAAAAUGUUGUUUGUGAAUGGCUUUUCAAUCUUCAUGUAAAUCCAGGGGAUAUUGUAUUGCUUAUGGAAACAGAUGUUAUUGGGUUUAGAGCUAAUUAUGAAAGUCUUUAUAAAAAAACCCAUUUUCAUGUUAGUGUUCUUGACUCAUGGUCUCGUAUACUAAAUCAUCAAGAGAAAUUCAGAGAUGUUGUUAAUUCUCCACUCAGAUUGUUCAUGAAUUCUGACACUACUUUGUCAUUUGAAUAUACUCAUUUGAAUGAAACUACAAAAUAUAAAGUUUUCAAGGAGAGCUUUUCUCGCAGUGUUUCUGAUGAUGCUGAUUUCGAUGAUAAGUAUGGUGCAGUUUUUAAACCUCUUAUAUGUAGUAAAGAUGUGUUAUGUUCAAUGGAGAUAAUCUUUCUAAGUAAUGGUGGAAGAGUUCUUGGAGUCAGCUACAAUUUGUAUGAAAAUCUAGCUAGGAAUAUGAAGAACAAGAAUCUUGGAAAAUGGGGAACGUGA